CGCCGCUAACUGUCCACCCUCCCCAUUUCCUAGAGGGGCCAGCAGGGCGGCGCUGGGGAGGGGCCGUGAGUCAGGGAUAAGGACUCCGAACAAAGGUCGGGUGGGGCUCCUCAGAACUCCCGGGCAGCCCCACGGCCCCUCCCCAAGGCCCGCCCCCUACCCUCCGGUUACAGCUCGCGCCCUCCCGCCCCGCAGACACACCUGCUCUCGGCACCAUGGAGUUCGACCUGUCUGCAGCCGUGGAGUCCCCCUCCAAGAAGCCCCAUGUGGGAGACCCCAAGCACAACCCCAACAAAGUUCAGGGCGGGUCAGCUGAUAACCUGAAGCAUCACCAUGGCCAUGGCCAUGGCAGCUCCUCAGAUUCCAGCAGCAGCAGCAGCAGCAGCUCCAGCGACUCGGAAAACGAGGCGAAGCCCGGCGCCGCCGACUCACAGCAGCACAAAAGCGCCUCGGACAAGGUCAAGAAGCCCAAGGUGAAGAAGGAAAAAAAGAAGAAGGAGGACGAGAAGAAGAAGCCUUCCCACUGACGGGCCUGGGCGGGGUUCAUUAAACCCUUUUUCGGCCUC